CAAGACUGCUGAAAGCUUAUAGUUCAAACUAAGCGAGAUCAGGGCUGCCACAAAUUUCUUUUCAGAAGGCAAUAGGCUAGGAGAAGGGGGAUUCGGAAAAGUGUAUCGGGGCAAGCUUGAAAAUGGACAAGACAUUGCUGUGAAGAGGCUUGAGGUGUGUUCUAAUCAAGGUCAGCAACAGUUCAAGAAUGAGGUCACUCUAAUGGUCAGACUUCAGCACAAAAAUCUGAUUAAGCUCCUUGGGUAUUGCUUGGAAGAAGGGGAAAGACUUCUUAUUCUUGAGUUCGCACCCAAUUCAAGCCUUGAAGGAUUCUUUUCUGAUUCAAUCAAACGUAUGCUAUUAACUUGGGAGAGGCGUUUCAGUAUAAUAAGUGGAAUCGCUCGAGGACUUCUUUAUCUUCAUGAGGAUUCGUGCCUUAGGAUCAUACACCGUGAUCUAAAGCCUGGCAAUGUUCUGCUAGAUGAGAACAUGAAUCCCAAGAUAACUGAUUUUGGCAUGGCAAAGCUAUUCGUUUUGGACCAAAGUAGAGCAAAUACUGCACGAAUAGCAGGAACUUUUGGCUAUAUGGCUCCUGAAUAUGUAAGACAUGGAGAGAUCUCUGUGAAGACUGAUGUGUAUAGCUUCCGCAUAGUGGUAUUAGAGAUCAUCAGUGGCAAGAAGAAUUUAAACUUUAACAGUUCGAGGACUUCGGAGCACCUACUGGACUACGCAUGGAAAAAUUGGAGAAAUGGAACACCUUUUCACCUUAUAGAUCCGAUGGUAAAUGGCAGUUCGAGAAGCGAAAUGUUGAUAUGCAUCCAGAUUGCAUUGUUAUGUGUCCAAGAGAAUGUAGCGAGACGGCCUACCAUGGCUUCGGUGGUUUUGAUGCUCAGGAGCGAGAGCACGAGCCUCCCAAUGCCGACACGGCCUGCAUACUUGACAGAUGCCAGUGGUAGAGAAAUGUCGACUGCCGCUGUUCAUCGCUCAUCACCGACAUCAAUAAACAAAGCUUCCAUGACGGAUCCACACCCUAGAUGAUAUUAUUACCGAAGGAUCAAAGCUGAAGUUGGAAGUAAGAUGAUGCAAACUGUAGUUAAGAUAAGUUUAUGCUUUUGAAAGGUCUGGACUCUUGGCAAGUUCGUCAGAAAUUUAACCAGAGAAUAUGCGUUGGAAAGGUUAAAAAUAGAAUGGAAACUCUUGUUUAUUUUUAUAAUAUGAGGAUAUAGACUCAUGGACACGUUAUUUGGAAAUCCAUGGAACACC